GAAGAUUGUGUGCACAAUCUUGUCCUCUACUCCUUCGAUAAAUCGAAAUGCGGCUUCCUGACCUACUAUCCGCAGUAACGUUGAACGUUGUAUUAGCGCUGUUCUCAAUGGUUAUGGCUAUUGUGGCACUUGGUCUUCUGGCCUUUGUGCUCGCAAAGGAUGGUUACCUCCACAAAGAUCCACUUUCAAGCAUUCGCGACAAAAUCAAGCGACAAGAAAGCGUUAUGGUCGAUUUCCAAAAUCCAAGCACAGUCCCUGAUCAUUAUCUGCAGCUGAACACAUUGAUGUUUCAGAAGAAGCCAAAGAACAAUCUUAUAACAGAAAUGACACCGGUAGCCAUGUCCGGCAUGCAAAUGAUGUCGACGAUCGGCGAAAAUAACGAUGACGAUGGAAAACUUGCCCCGCUUAACGUUGAAUCAGAGGUAGCAUCAAACAGUGUCGCCUCUUCUGUCCUACGAGCGCAGAGAUCAGUAUCAGAAGAAAAUAUAACAACGCAUUCUCCUUCUUCGUUUGUAACUGACUCCGGUAUUUCCGAUGAAGAAUACUCUUCUGAUACAACUGAAGCGCAUGGAAGUGUGGCACAAGCUUCCACUGAGAGUUCUUCUCAGGAAGGAUCGGGCUAUAUUGUGGAGAAGAGUACAAUAGAACCCCUAGCUCAGAAGAUAAUUGUUGACUUUGAGUGUGGAUCAAACUUUUCUCUCUGUUGAGAUCAUCCCCGCCUGGCCUUAAAUGAUGUACAACUUUUUUUCUAGCGUGCUCCACUAAUUACUCAUUAUCUAACUCUUUGGUGUACGUUGGUGAAUCAACACACGGUGACAUCUUUAUAGCGCAUUAUUAGCUGCUCCCACGGCUAUUAUCAACACCAAUCCUGG